AUGAAGAACCAUUCAGUGGAAAUAGACUUCAUACUCCUAGGAUUGACAGAUGACCCACAAUUGCAAAUUGUGAUUUUCCUGUUUCUAUUUUUCAACUACAUCCUGAGUGUAAGGGGGAAUUUAAUCAUUAUCCUCCUCACCUUUCUGGAUCUCUGUCUCAGGACUCCAAUGUAUUUCUUCCUUCGAAAUUUCUCUUUCUUGGAGAUUUCAUUCACAACUGCCUGCAUUCCAAAAUUCUUGAUCAGCCUUUUGACUGGAGACAAAACAAUUUCUUACAGUGGCUGUGUAACACAAUUGUUAUUUUUUCUUCUAUUAGGAGCUACAGAAUUUUAUCUUUUGGCUGCCAUAUCCUAUGACUGCUAUGCUGCCAUCUGUAAGCCAUUGCAUUACCCAAUCAUUAUGAAUAGAAAAGUGUGCCAUCAGUUUGUGCUCAGCUCUUGGAUAACUGGCUUCCUAAUUAUAUUUCCUCCUUUGGUCUUAGGACUUAAGCUGGAUUUCUAUGCUUCCAAAAUAAUUGACCAGUUCCUCUGUGACACUUCCCCUAUCCUUCAGCUCUCUUACAGAACACAUAUCCCAGAAUUGAUGGCUUUUGUCUUAGCUGUGGUGACACUUGUAGUCACUCUGUUGUUGGUGGUCCUCUCCUACACAUACAUCUUAAAAAUCAUUCUAAAAUUCCCUUCUGUUCAACUACCAACAGAAGCCUUUUCCACCUGUUACUCACACGUGGUUGUUGGAUCUAUCACUUAUGGGAGUUGUAUUUUUACAUAUAUGAAAUCAUCAGCUAAGAAAAGGGUGACUUUAACUAAAGUUGUAGCUGUGCUCAGCACCUCUGUUGGUCCUUUACUAAACCCCUUCAUUUACACCUUAAGGAACCAGCAGGUGAAAGAAGCUCUCAAAGAUGUGCUUCAAAGGUUUUGUUAUUUUCAAAACAAUGAGCAAAAAUGUAGAUAUCAGUAA